AUGGCUGGUCCCGGGAAAGACGAAUCUUCUAAUGUCAAAAAGGCUUCUAAAUCAAAACCUGGGCCUUCAUUAGAUGUCACGUCUGUGGAAUUCAAUCCAUUAGAAGCUCUUUAUUCACCAGAAUGCAUUAUACCUCAUCCACAAGUUAGAGUGUUUAAAAAUGUAUAUGAAUAUGAGCGUUUAACUUCGUCUGAUGAAAAUGCAACUGAUCCAGAAAGUGUUCAAGAUGAACUUAAAAGGAAACAGCCUGGGACUACAAAAACCAAGACUGGCGGCCCAAGUCAGUUUCGAAAAGAGGGAGCGGCACCAAAGGGAAUGAAAGAAUCUACUCAAACAGAAUCUGAUAAUUCUAAGAAAGAAUUUAAGAAACCAUUUGUAUUAAGAAAUAUUCUAACCAGAAUGGAAAAAGAGGAGUUGGCAGGACCAUUAAGUUUGUUACAGCAGUGCUUAAUGAAGAAACAUAAUGUAAGAGUUUGGACAAGAAGUGCAGUUAAUAUUAGAGGUGUUUGUCGUGGCUAUAUAGUAGCUUUUGAUAAACACUAUAAUUUGGCCAUGAUAGAUGUGGAUGAAGUUUAUAAAAAUCCCAGAUACACCAAGAUUCAGAGACUAAGGGCUAAGAAAAAAGCAUUAGAAGAAGCUGAAAGAGAAAAGCUUGCAGAUGCCACUAGUACUUUGUCUAUCAAAGGUUCAGUGCACUCUAGACUUGGACCUAGAGUAGAAACUGGAAGCGCAAACUCUCCUUGCAGAGAUCCAAGAUCUAUUAAGCCUAGCUCUGCAUCAGUGGAAAAUCCUAGCAGGGAUCCAAGAUCUGUGCAUCGACAGAGCUCUAUGUCAAAGGACAGUCCUAGUAGAGAUCCAAGAUCCUUUCAAAGGAAGAGUAUUGUGUCAAGUCCUAGUACACCUAGCUCAAGAGACCAAAGCUGGAGUUCUGCUCAGCAGUCAAGGUCAGAUUCUCAAGGUCGUUCUCGGCAUCCCUCAGGAACAAGGAAUCCUGUAUUAAUAUGUGAAUCAGUAUUUUUAGGUAUACAUCCAGAAGAAUUGUUAUAUAGACAUGUUAAUCAGUUAUUUAUUAGAGGAGACAAUGUUGUUAGUGUUAAUAUUAUAUCUAGUUGA